AUGGGGUGCUUAUCUAAGGGGCUGCUGACAACAGCGAAUAAAAAGAUCGCAUCAAUAUUCAGCACUACAAACUGCUUCAUUGUUAAGUCAGAGAUUCGAGUUAGUGGUACCUGGCCGCAAUGUGUGAGCGCCUUAUCAGCCUGUCUGGUUCAAGCCCGCCUUGUGAUUCAGCUCUUCUUUCACUUCGAAGUCAUGGCCCUGCCUAUGAAGAAUGCGAUGAAGGUGAUGAAGUCCAGUGCUAUGAAGGCCAAGACUAGCAUGAAGGCGAAGGCAAUGAAGGUCAUGAAGAAGAAGGCCGUGUCCAAGAUCGCAACGGGCAAGCGCGCGAAGUCCGUCGUCUUCCGUGGAAGCAAGGAGAAGACCACCGGUGGCCUCGCGAAGUCUCAGUUGAUGAAGAACAAGCGAGGCAAGGUUGUCAGCAAGAAGAUGCACGCCAGAGGCAAGACGAUCCAGAAGUUCGUGCAGCAGUGGCUCGACGCCGUGAUGACGGCCCGGAAGGAGCUGGGAAUCAAAGGCUUCUGCGCAGUGGGUGGCAAGAGUGCCCAGGGCAAAGCCCUGUAUGCCAAGGCGAAGGCGCUUUAUGCAGCCUGA